UUUUAGAGUCUUGCGUUGGUCCACUUGUAACUAUGUCUGCUAAAAGAAUUUCGGGAACCGAGGUCGCACGAGCGAUCGAAAAUGAUCUUCGUGAACAAGUGUCAGAGAUGCGUCGCAAGAGCCCCGGGUUUCAACCGCGGCUGGCCAUCGUGCAGGUGGGCGGGCGGGAGGACUCCAACGUUUACAUCCGUAUGAAGCUGAAAGCGGCGGAGAACAUUGGCAUCUUGGCUGAGCACAUCAAACUGCCUCGAGACUACAAUCAGGCCGAGCUCCUAACAAAACUGAACUCUCUUAAUGAUUCUCCUUUCGUGCAUGGUAUCAUUGUGCAAAUGCCGCUAGACUCGACGGAGAAAAUCGACUCUCAUCUCAUCACAGAUGCCGUCUCACCACACAAGGAUGUUGAUGGGUUGAAUACACAGAACGAAGGUCGCGUGGCUCUCGGAGACAUGUCAGGCUUCGUGCCCUGCACCCCUGCGGGUGUCCUCGAGCUGAUCAAGGGCACUGGCGUGUCGAUUGCCGGCAAGAACGCGGUUGUGCUCGGUCGCAGUAGAAUCGUAGGCACUCCAGUGGCGGAGCUACUCAAGUGGGAACACGCCACCGUUACCGUCUGCCACUCGAAGACGAGGAAUUUGAGCGAAAUCACAAAGACGGCAGAUAUCCUUGUCGUGGCAAUCGGCAAACCCGAACUGGUCCGCGGGUCCUGGAUUAAACCAGGAGCAAUCGUAAUCGACUGCGGAAUUAAUCCUAUCCCUGACUCUUCGAAGAGUAGCGGGCAGAGGUUGGUGGGCGACGUUUCGUAUUCGGAGGCUGUGCAGGUUGCGUCUCACGUCACCCCGGUUCCGGGCGGCGUGGGCCCCAUGACAGUGGCCAUGCUCAUGCGGAACACGCUGCUGGCAGCGAAGCGUCAGCUCGACCGCCUGAUAGCGCCCGCCUGGCCGCUCACUCCUCUGAGACUGAAGACGCUUUCUCCGGUACCCAGUGAUAUCGCGAUAGCGCGUGCUCAAAAACCAAAGCAUAUCGCGCAGUUGGCAGAGGAAAUUGGUUUAUUCCCGAACGAGGUGUCCCAGUAUGGCAACACUAAGGCGAAGAUUUCUCUAUCUGUACUGGACCGUUACCGAGACCAAAAGGGUGGCAAAUACAUCGUGGUGGCGGGCAUAACGCCGACCCCGCUGGGCGAAGGCAAGAGCACGACGCUCCUGGGGCUGGUGCAGGCGCUGGGCGCGCACCGCGGGAAGAACGCCUUCGCGUGCAUGCGGCAGCCCAGCCAGGGGCCCACCUUCGGCGUCAAGGGCGGCGCGGCCGGCGGCGGGUACUCGCAGGUUAUACCAAUGGAAGACUUCAAUCUUCAUCUUACUGGAGACAUCCAUGCUGUCACGGCCGCCAAUAAUCUUUUGGCAGCUCAAAUGGAUGCCAGAAUCUUCCACGAACUGACACAAAAAGAUGGACCGCUGUAUGAUCGUCUCGUUCCAAAGGUCAAGGGAGUCAGAAAGUUCUCUCCUAUUCAACUUAGAAGACUCAAGAAAUUGGGUAUCAAUAAAACAGACCCGGAAGCUUUAACACCGGAAGAAAGGACGAAAUUCGCUAGACUAAAUAUUGAUGUUAACAAAAUUAUGUGGAACAGAGUCGUGGAUCUUAACGACAGAUACCUGCGUAAAAUAACAAUCGGCCAGUCACCAACGGAGAAAGGUUUCACCCGAGAGACAGCUUUCGACAUUUCUGUGGCUUCAGAGAUAAUGGCUGUUCUCGCUCUGGGGAAGGAUAUCGACGAUAUUAAGGAGCGGCUCGCUAGCAUGGUCGUCGCUCUAGAUAAGGACGGAGAACCUGUAACUGCUGACGAUUUGGGUGUCACCGGAGCAUUAAUGGUCCUUCUGAAGGACGCAUUCGAGCCGACGCUAAUGCAGUCGUUAGAGGGCACGCCCGUGCUCGUACACACGGGGCCCUUCGCCAACAUCGCGCACGGCUGCUCCUCGAUCCUGGCCGAUAAGAUCGCCAUGAAGCUGGCGAGGGAGGGAGGAUACGUUGCAACCGAAGCUGGCUUUGGGUCCGACAUUGGUAUGGAGAAGUUCUUCGACAUCAAGUGCCGUGCGAGCGGCGACGCGCCGCACUGCGCCGUGAUCGUGGCGACUGUUCGCGCGCUGAAGAUGCACGGCGGCGGGCCCGCCGUCAGUCCCGGCCUGCCUCUGCACGACGUCUACGUCCAGGAAAACUUGGAAUUGCUAAGCAAAGGAUUGUGCAAUUUAGGAAAACAUAUUAGCAACGGUAACAAAUUCGGAGUACCGGUCGUCAUCGCUAUCAACCGACAUGGUAACGACACAGAAGCUGAACUGAAGUUGGUGAAAGAGUUCGCGGAGAAGAACGGAGCCUUCCGGGCGGUGGUUUGCUCGCACUGGGCGCGCGGCGGCGCGGGCGCGCUCGAGCUCGCCGACGCCGUCAUCGCGGCCUGCGACCGGCCCGCCGCCUUCCGCUACCUCUACCCGCUGGAGCUGCCGCUGGCGGACAAGAUACGCGCCAUCGCCGUGGAGAUGUACGGCGCCGGCCGCGUGGAGUACACGGACGACGUGCUCGCCAAGAUCAGGAACUUUACUGAGAAAGGUUACGAUAAGCUAGCAGUGUGCAUGGCGAAAACAUCGAACUCGCUCACGGGUGACCCCACGAUCAAAGGCGCACCAACCGGGUUCACACUUCGCAUUAACGACAUAUUUGUGUCCGUGGGCGCUGGCUUUAUUGUCCCAAUGGUGGGCGACAUCUCCAAAAUGCCUGGUCUCCCUACAAGACCUAGCAUCUAUGACAUUGAUCUGGACACUAAAACUGGCGAAAUUCAAGGGUUAUUCUAAACAAUAUAUGUAAAAAGACGUAAUUAAACGGUGGAAGCCUAUUAUUCUUGGCAAAUAAACAAAUAUGUAAUAUUAUAAAAAUAUGCUUAAAUGAUGUUUUUUUAAUAAAUGCGUUGUUAUUUUUAA